AUGGCAAGAAAAGAAAGUGACAAUCAAACAGUUGUGACAGAAUUUUUGCUUCUAGGGUUCAAAACUCGUCCUGAACUUCAGAUUGUCCUCUUUGUGGUGUUUUCAACAAUUUAUAUGGCAACAGUAUUUGGAAACAUCCUCAUAGCUGCAGUAGUUCUCACUAAUCAUAAUCUUCAUAAGCCCAUGUAUUUCUUUCUGGGAAACCUGUCUGUUUCAGAAAUUUGCUACAGUUCUGUAAUCCUCCCUAGGACUCUAGUCAGUUUUGUCAGGGAUUACCAUGGGAUUUCUUUUAGUGGAUGUUUCCUCCAAUUCUAUUUCUUUGGUUCUUUUGCUUGCUUUGAGUGUUAUCUGUUAUCCACCAUGUCUUUUGACAGGUAUUUAGCCAUAUGUAAACCCUUGUCCUAUGUAACAAUCAUGAACCAUAGGUUAUGUGUUCAGUUGUCCCUAGUGUCUUGGAUGAUUGGUUUUUUGGCUUCUGCAUUCACUACAUUCCUUGCUUCCCACUUAACUUUCUGUGGUCCAAAUGAAAUGGACCAUUUCUUUUGUGAUUAUUCACCACUGUUAAAUCUAGCUUGUAGUAACACUCACCAAGCAGAAACACUGAUGUCUGUCCUGGGUUCUGUUUGCACAAUGCCAGCCUUGUUGACGACCUUGGCUUCCUAUGUUUGCAUCAUGAGAACCAUUUUAAGAAUUCCUUCCAUCACUGGCAGAAGAAAAGCAUUUUCUACCUGUUCUUCUCAUCUCAUUGUGGUUACAAUUUUCUAUGGAACCCUAAUCAUUGUCUAUAUAUUACCAAAAGGCAGAAGACUGAAUAAUCUAAACAAAGUGUUCUCUAUUUUCUACACAGUCUUACCUCCCAUGAUCAAUCCUUUCAUCUACAGCCUAAGAAACAGGGAAUUUCAGGAGGCCCUCAGGAAAGGGACCCGCAAACUUGCGUCACUGAGAAUAUUCCAGGAAGUACAGCCUAAGAAAAAUGUUCUAAGAUUGUAA